AUGGCUUCUUCCAAGAGAUUGGCAACCACCAUAUCCCGGACUGCCUCUUGUUUAUAUUUUCUCCUCAUUUUCUUCCAAAUCCCUCUUUUCAGGGUCCCAUGCUGCAGAGAGGCAUCAUGCACAACGCCAUUAGAAUUGACAUGCUCCCAAUUGUUAGCAAGUGAGAUCUUUCCCACACAUGUUGUGGAAGCACUUCUGUAUCCUGGAGCCAUAACCAAAGCCAUCCUUAGAAACAGGCCCAUCCCCACCUUUAAUAGCUUGCCAAAGCUAUACAAAUUUAUACAUCUAAAAUCACCAACUUCAGCAUCUCCACUCACAUCUGAUCUCCACCGCUUAGAGGUUAUUGCAGGGAGUUACUUGGCCGUAGCAGGAGCUAUCAUGGGCAUGGUUAGGCCUGGGAGUGGGAGUGGGAGUGGGAGAAUGAGUCUGUUUGGUUGCCUUAUUGCUAUGUGGGGUAUUGUUAGGAGCAAACCUUCAUAUUUAAAUCCCAAAGCAGAAAUUAGCAGAAUCUAUCCAACCAUGUUUGUUGCUGUGGUUUUUGCUUUCUUGUCGGUUAGGAAAGAUGUGAGGAGAAUAGUACGCAGCAUCAGAGAUGAAGGCAACCCUUCAUGGAAGAAGCCCAAACGCAAAUGAACUCUAAGAUUCAUGAGAAUGGGAUAUGUUUGUUUAAGAGGAAACGUGGUAGCGUGAUCUUUUAAUUCUAAAAAUAUACAAUCCUAAGCAUAGCCUUAAAUUUUUAUAGAGGUGA